AUGUCGAUGUCACUAGAUGACUCCGAUGCCGAAGCUGCCUUCGAGGAAGAGCUAUCAAGGUUGAAGCUUCAGGCCUUGACUAUAGGCCAGGAGCACACGAGACUGCUUGGUGUUGACGCUGCUUAUAGGUCAAACGCAGCCUUUGAACGCCGAGAACGUGCGGCUGAGGAGUUUGGACGGGAUUGGCAAAGGUUCUGCGUUGAGGUCGUAAGCAUUCAGUCCUCGGGACAAACGUUGGAUUCAGACGUCUUUUCGGACGCUCCUGUGCCUGGACUUCCUGUGCGGUCCUGCCUUGUAUCCUGCGGCCCCUUAUUCCCCACCAUCGACAGCACAAGGACACAGGGCCACAGGGGCGAAAGUAAACGAAUGGCUGAAACACAGGGAGAAUGCCACACUGAUAGAUGCAUUCCCACGGAUCCACUUCGUGGAGGCGUUGUCCUAGACGCCACAGUCUUGGCGUCAGUGCUUGAAUCACAUGGAGAAGCAGCACAGGACCGGGCGACGGCAGAUUUUGAGCUCAAUGGACGGGCAGGCGCAUCACGUGAUUCGGCAAGAUGUCCGGGUCUACAAUAUAACUUAAACUGCACCGACGCAAAUGUCAACCAAGCACAACCUGCUGCCGCUGAGGAACCUUCGUCUAAUGCCAUCACGCCUGUAAUGGUUGACGCCCAUGUGCUGGAUGCGGAGACCGACGCCGGUAUAAGCAUGGAGAGGGUACUGGACCUGGAAAAUCUGCGGAGGUUGAGGAUGUUAGAGAACCUUAAAGGCGAAGUUGCCAAAGUGGCUGUUGAGCAACGUGAGGAGUUGGUAGCAUAUCAGGAGGAGGAGAGCCAGUCAGUGGCGGCGAUGGAAGCCACAUUUAAGCAGUUGGAUCUCGUGAUGAGAAAGGCAGCGGAGCGGGAGGCACUUAAGCAGGCCCAUCUGGCGGCAUUGCAGCAGGAGGCUUUGGCUAUGGGGAGGCAGCAUUUGGCUGCAUGGCGUAUAUGUCGCGCCUGGCGUCGCUACCAUGAGAGCCCUGCACGGGCAGCCCGUCUAGCAGCUGCGGUGCGCAUUCAGGCAGGGUGGCGCGGUUACAUGCGCAGGCGCAGAGCUGCCCACUUGCAAUGCACGCGAAUGGAUGCGGCUGAGGGAGUGGCAAUGGAGGGAAAGACAGAGCGAGUUGACCUGGCAACAGGUCGUGCGAGUAUGCUUGGACUUCACGAUGCACUACAAGCGCGGUUGACUGCAUUCGAGGCAGUGACACCAAAGGUUGCUUCCCGGGCGGGCAGCUUGCUGGAGUACCAAACAGCGUGUGCAGAAGCAGCAGUUUGGGCGGCAGUCGCAGGUCCAGUGUUGGAUCCUGCAGGCCAGCCAAUAUCGAGCUUCUACCGGGUAUUAGAGGCGGCGGCGCAGCAGGGUGUUGACUCGAAGCGAUUAACUGCGGCAUUGGCGGCAGUGCGUGAUCGCGAUGCGCAACUUCUUGCGAAGCUGGCGGCUGCUUCAAGGGCACCGAAGUCCACAUUUAAUUUGGCGGAGUUCGAGGUGCUCGUGGAGCGUGCCUUGCACUUGGGCCUGACGGUAUGUUUCAGGCACCCGGGUUUCAGUGGUACCUAG